UUCCGCGCUGAAAAGGAAGAAAGCUGCGAUUCAACCCGAGCACCAGGAGCGCCUAAAACUGCACCGAUCCGCACCGGGGAACACUUACUGGGCUUUCGGACACCGUGCCCCAGCGCUCACACGGGAACAUGGCGGAUAAAGACGUGUACGACGAUGCUGUGGAGGAGCGCGUCAUAAACGAGGAGUACAAGAUCUGGAAGAAGAACACUCCGUUUCUGUACGACCUGGUGAUGACUCACGCCCUCGAGUGGCCAAGUCUCACAGUGCAGUGGCUCCCCGACGUCAACAGGCCGGAGGGUAAGGACUACACGGUGCACAGGCUGGUUCUGGGCACUCACACGUCGGACGAGCAGAACCACCUGGUGAUCGCCAGUGUCCAGGUGCCCAACGACGACGCCCAGUUUGACGCUUCGCACUACGACAGCGAGAAGGGAGCAGGUAUGUUGAAGGAUGAACAGCUACUGGCUUCUCUUUGUGAAUUUGGAGGCUUCGGUUCUGUCAGUGGGAAAAUCGAGAUUGAGAUCAAGAUAAACCACGAGGGAGAAGUGAACCGAGCGAGGUACAUGCCCCAGAACCCGGUGAUCAUCGCCACAAAGACGCCCACAUCAGACGUGCUGGUGUUUGACUACACCAAGCACCCCUCCAAACCAGACCCGAGUGGCGAGUGCUCCCCUGACCUGCGGCUCAAGGGGCAUCAGAAAGAAGGAUACGGACUCUCCUGGAACCCAAACCUCAGCGGGAACCUGCUCAGCGCCUCCGACGAUCACACGAUCUGCCUGUGGGACAUCGGCGCGGCUCCUAAAGAGGGGAAGGUGGUGGACGCUAAAACCAUCUUCACUGGACACACUGCGGUGGUGGAGGAUGUGUCCUGGCACCUGCUCCACGAGUCUCUGUUUGGAUCUGUGGCCGAUGACCAGAAGCUCAUGAUUUGGGACACGAGGUCCAACAACACGUCCAAAGCGAGUCACGCUGUGGACGCUCACACGGCCGAGGUCAACUGUCUGAGCUUCAACCCCUACAGCGAGUUCAUCCUGGCCACCGGCUCCGCGGACAAGACUGUUGCGUUGUGGGAUCUGAGGAACCUCAAACUGAAACUUCACUCGUUUGAAUCACACAAAGACGAAAUUUUCCAGGUCCAGUGGUCUCCUCACAACGAGACCAUCUUAGCGUCCAGUGGCACCGACAGACGCCUCAAUGUUUGGGAUCUCAGUAAAAUCGGAGAGGAGCAGUCGGCAGAAGAUGCAGAGGAUGGACCCCCAGAGCUCUUGUUCAUCCACGGGGGACACACAGCGAAGAUCUCAGACUUCUCCUGGAACCCCAACGAGCCCUGGGUCAUCUGCUCCGUGUCCGAGGACAACAUCAUGCAAGUCUGGCAAAUGGCUGAAAACAUCUACAACGACGAGGAGCCGGACACCCCCGCCUCAGAGCUAGAAGCACAGGGCUCUUAAAUCCGUCCCAAACCUGCCCCCCAUCCCCCCCCGAAACCAGACCUGGAUCUCAUCUGCAGCUUAAUCAGAUAAACUACUCUAUAACUGCAUGGACUCUGCCCCCCCAAACGCCUCAAGACCGCCCCCUGCAGGUACACAAAGACAGUACAGCACUUGUUUUCAAUCCGCAGUGAACCAACAGUGGACCCUUUACGAUCGUCGUAUCCGGAGUAUUUGGGUUUUGUUGUGCAAGGUGACGUUUUGAAGUUGUUUUUGAAAAGGCUAGAUAGGCGAAAAUAAAUUGUAUUUUCUUAUUGGCGAUUGCUACUGUUAAAACACGCUAUCAAAAUUUAAUAAAAUGUAAAACAAAAAAAAAUUGUAGUUAACCAAAUAAACAUUACUAUUUUGCAUUUUUAAAACAUAACUCAUUUUGCAAACGGUUUUAAAAGGUGUAACUUUUCUCUUCGAUGCUUUUCUCCGUGGACAUGUUAUUGCUUUGACCGGAACGUUUCACAGUGUGGCAUUUUGUAUCGUCAUGGCAACCAAACCAGACCAAGUCACAGGUCAGAUCUGUGGAAAAGCGACCCCGCUCAGUCAGAAUACCUGUUUUUUCGAGGUAUUUUUGAGCCUUUAAACCAUCUGUAAUUGAGUAAAUGUAACUUGGAGCGGUUUAAUGUCACACCGUGGAACGUGACGUAUCCACGGAAACAAGCAGGUGACGGGAAAAACGCAAAAAGUUACACAGUGCACCUUUAAGAUUUUUGUUUUCAAAUUGUCGCUUGUUGAGCUCUUGAGACGAACUGUGCGCAAACCAAUCAUUUUAAGUUUUGAAUUGCAGCCAACGUCGAGCAGGGGAGGACUUCAUUUUAGAAAGAGGUUGUUUUUUUUUAAAAUAAACGCUGUAACUUUGGCUUUCACUGCUGAUUCGAAUGCGGAGAUUUGCUAUUUCCAUCUCGAGCAGGCGCAACACUCGUAUCAGAAAAGGGACGCGUUUCUCGUUCCUCGCUUCCUUCUCCUCGAUACUUCAUUUUUCAGCUGUCGAUCAAACGUGUCGCAUUAAGUGGCGUCCCAAAGAAAACCACGGACGGAAAGAAGGAGUAAACAUGAGGGAGGCUUCGGGAGCAGAUGUCAGAGAAAAUAAUCAAACUUUAUUGGUCUCAGUGAGGAGUUUAUCGUCAUUUCCGGACUAUUGAGCGCACCUGAAUAUACGCCGCAUCGACUAAAUUUUAACUAAAUUUUAAAAUUGUACAUACUGUAUUUUCCACACGCUCUGGAUUAUAAGGCGCACUGUCAUUGAAUGGUCUAUUUUCGAACUUUUUCCCACAUAUAAAAUGAAACACAACAGUUAGAUAAGUCAGUCAAACUUUUUUAAAGGCGUUCACAAUAACUCUCAACUUUGUUCAAUUGUACCGCGUAAAAAAAAAAAAAGAAUCUGAGAUGCUACAUUGUUCGUGUAUUCACAAUAACUCUUAAUUGUUCAGACAGUUCGGAGAUUACGGCGUCCCUCUCGUCAUGAUCCGAGUCAGUGUGGUUACUGUUCCCUGGCAGUUCAGUGAUGAUUCUGGUCUUGGUGAAAGCUCGGACCACAGUUGAUACUGAUCCUUAGUCCAGGCGUCCACGAUCCGUUGGCAGAUCGUGGCGUAAGUCGCUCGGCGGUGAAUGCGUGUUCUCCUUCUCUCAUCCACUGCUUCUUUAUAACAGCCUUGAGUUUAAAGUGGGCGUUGUAAGCGUGUCUCUUGACAGGUGCAUUUUGAUAUUAAAAGGAAUCACAGUAUGUGUUACUCCACGAUGAUCCUGACUACGGGAGCCGUGAUGCUGCAAAUGGUGCGGCUUUGUAGUUUACUAAAGUCGUACUAAGACACUCGAAUAAAUUCAUAUAUAAGGCGCUCUGGAUUAUAAGGCACGUAGUCGUUUUUUGAUUAAAUUUAGAAGCUUUUAAGUGCGCCCUAUUGUGCCGAACAUGCGGUAUAUAAGUUGCACCUGAAUAUAAGCCGCAUGUGUCCACGUCUUCAAGAACGUUUUCAAGUUCGGGCCGUCUGCUUUUAUCGCCUCUGAAAGUUUUUGUCAUGUUUUUUGCGUUGAGUCAGUUCGUCACGCUGCCGUCGCCAACGUCUCACCGUCGACUCACUGACGCCGAGCUCACGUGCAGCAGCUCUGUUUCCUUCUUCAACAUCCACAUCACUCGCCGUUAACUUAAAAGCUGCAUCAUCUGCAUUUCUUCGUGUGUUUUCCACGAGGAAGGUGUGUGUAUGAAGCGCAAAAUAACUGUUCAAAACACAAUCAAACUAGAAUCAUCCUCGGCGUAUCACCCCGUCUCUCCCCGAGCUCUACUGCGCAUGUCUCCUGCAGAAAGAGCCUCUGUCCUGUCUGUAUCGUGUCAGUGUCUCGUAGGAUUUCAGCAGAUUUCAGACUCUCUCGGGAUUAGGUUAGAUCAGGUCUGAGUGGAUGUCCGGCUUAGGGAUGGGCAUGAUUAAUCGAUAAUUGAUCAUAAAGAAUGUUCAUCGAUUACGUUCAUUUUAAUCGACAAACCGAAUGUAGGUUGCUGUGUGUAGCCUGACCAAACAGGGGUCCGUACAUGUGUCUCUCUGCACUCAGAAGGAGCGAGCAAACACAAACAGAAAUUCCACGCUUUCCGUUGUGUUCGGGACAAGUGUGAGUCCAUGUGCACAGUUUACAAAGCAGGAACAUAUGUUUCGGUGUCCAGUGGGAAAAAGUUUUGCCAGGUGAGAGUCGCGCAAUGUCAAUGACGAGUCCCCACCUCCCUCCCCCCGUACGGUGUCCUGGUUUUGACAAACGCAAAUCUGGUCACACUAACCUGUAUUCACCUGAGUCAUGUCUUUUAAUCCAACAGAAGUUGAACCACAUCAGUGCACAAGAGCUGUAUUUUUAUCUUCGCUUAGUUUAUGCAAAUUAGCGAUGCGGUUUUAAGUUUUGUUCCUGUGUGAUUUGCGCAAAACUUAAUUAAACAUUAUAAUGUCAAACGGGCUGAUGUGGCUCUAGAGUCGUUACGGUUUAUAUGUCGUAAAGUUGAAUUUAUGUAUGCAGAUUAGUAGUGCAGAUAGUAAUAAUAAUGAUGAUCAUUUUAAUAUAUAACACGUUAAUGAUUAAUCGAUAAUCGAUCGUUAAUUCUUCCGACGAUCGAUUAAGAAAAUUUCAUCGAAUGCCCAUCCCUAGUCCGGCUACUGAAGUUUGAGACGUUUCUUUUCGACAUUUACACACACGGGUCAGACGUUUCCCCCUCACUAAUGUUCAUUUAGCAUCAGAACUUAUUUUAUCACACGGCGAUAAACUAUAUGAGUGCACUGACAAUAUCGCGAGCUCCACGUGAACCCUAGAUCCAUGUGUAAAUCGCACAGACAGCGGCGUUUUCUGCACUCAGGCCGCUCUUAUCCGCUGUGUUGCCAAACCAUAGACCUUUUUAUAUGAAUGGACAAUGUGCCAAACAAAGAAUCCAUCCAUAUAUUCGCCGCAUCGUUUUAUUCGCCGCAGGGUUCAAAGUGUGAGGGAAAAAAUAGUGGCUUAUAGUCCGGAAUUUACUGUAUAUCCUCUUCCUCCAGAAUUGAGGAGAAUAAUUAAGAAGGAAGCAAGGAAAGAGAAAUGAGACGCGGCCCUGGUGUCGCCUUUUUAUUGUAUUCAAAACUAAAUUGUAAUUUUUAAAGUGGCUUGCUGCAUUAACCUUAAUAAAUAAAUUAAUAUUAAAUCUUUAUUUGGUAAAAAAUGCAUUUUAAAAGUUAGAAGUAGUUGCAGCCCUGUCUUCUGUGACGCUAAAUUGGCUUUUUUGAGCUUUUAGCCAUGUUAUAAUAUUGUUUUUCUGUCGAAAACAUCUACGUAAAGUUACAUUUUAGAGUCAUUUUAUUGUAAUACAGCAAAUGCUCCUCUUUUGUGAAGGUGUUUAGACUUAAAAAACAGACUAAUUUUUAUUAUUUUAUUGCUGAAGUUGCCUUUUACUAAGACGCAACACGACUUUCAGGCCAAGGAAAAAAAGCAAUUCUACCCAAAAAGUAUAAGUAAACACAUUUUUGGCACAUGAAUACUAAAAUAAACACGAUAAAUAAUAAAAUAAUAAAUAAAUAAGACUUGUAUGUAUUGAAAUAAAAUUGUAAGUUGAGACUAUUUGCCCAACGACUAGACUUUAUGCUGACAACUGAACACUACCUGCUCAUGUUAUUCUAAAAUAUUACAAUAACGAUACGCGUUAACGUUGCAUUUUGUGUUCAGAUCUACGGUUAUUUUUACACAUUUGUGGUUUUUCUUCCGUGGAGGUGCUAGAACAUUCCUGGCUGCUUUGUUUUCAGGUACAAAUCUCUUCAGUAUUGUUGGAUUUUGAGUGGGAAGCUUGAGGUCAGAACACACAGGUCGAUUUUGUUAGUUUUUUGGUUUUUUUUCCCCCAUUUCUGUUGUUACAUAAUGUGAAUUGUUUUGUUCUUUGCUUCAAGAAAAAUUGCAAUAAAAUUUUAACUUUUCAA